CUCCAGCCCAACUGCGAAGGUGCCAAGCUCUCUGGUUCUCUCGGUCUCUCCCCUUUUUGAAGACGAAUUAAAGAACCAGGUUCUUAACUCCUUUCUUGAUUUUUCAGCCUAUGGUCUUCUUCUGGGUUAGUGAUUAAUUACCCUUUCGUAGGGUUUUAGCAAGGAUGGCUUUAGCCGUUUUUAAAAAAAUCUGAAAAUUUCAUUGCUUUUCGCUUAUUUUGUAUGGCUGUUUGCGUUUUUAUAAGGAUGUGUAUGUUUUUUUUGUGGGUGCUACUUUCUAAUGACGUCCUUUUCUAAAUACGACCGCCCUAUUUUGUGUCAUUGGGAAUCGUUUUGCCACUGCUGCAUUUUUUUUAUUCUCGUUUGAGCAAAAGUAUAGUCAAUUCGCAGAAAUUAAAUGUUGCAAAAUUUCAACUCUGUUAGCCCGGAAAAAGAAGAGGUAAGAGGAAUCAGUGUAUAAAAUUAUAAAGAAAAUGAGAUUUUAUAAUGAAUAGGAAAAAUGAUGGGAGUUAAUUUAUGUAUUAAUUUAUGCCAGCUGUCAAGGAUCCGAUUUGAGAAAAAAAAACUUGCAGAAACUCUUUGGUUGACAUCUGAAAUGUGAUGGCCUUAUGAGGAUUAACAACUAGUGUUGUUUGUUUAAUUUGUUAAAUAGACAAAUGUUUGGACCACUUUGAGUGUAGGAAGUAAAUGUUUGGGUGUGCAAAGAUGCAGUGCUGUUUGCUUAAUUUUUUUGUGUUAGUAGCAAUGAUUAUUGAGAAAAAUUCUAAAUUCUAUUCUGCCCAGUAAUUUUCUUAUACUUUAUUAUGUCUUGCAUUUUACUCAAUGUAGUAGACUAGUAGUUUUUUGUUGACAUAUGUACAAUUGUGGAAUGAUUGUAUCAAUGAAUCACACAAGAUUAUUGUUCUUAAGAUUACUAUAAAAUUAAUUCCGAACACCCAAAAUACAAGUGCUAGAUCCGCCACUGAUAGCAGCGACAAUUGAAUUUGGUCUGACUCGUCUAAGACUCUAAGCUACAUUUAGCGCUCAACAUCUUGAGAUUUACCCAGUUGGGCAGAUUCCAUAUAUCUUCAUGGCUUCUUCGGCUACAUUUUCUACAAGUGGCUGUCAUAAUGAAGUUAUGUUCAGCUACCAUCUCAAUCUCUCCUCCAACCACAGACGUAACAUGAAAUCUAUAUCCAAGGUGCAAAGUUCACUUUUAACUUCUAAUGAGAAAUGGGUAAAAAACCAACUUCUUGCAAGGAGUCUGCAAAGGAAUAGCAGCUCCCAUUGCAGAGCGGUAGCAGUUGAAAGCAAAACUUUGUUCACCAAGGGAAACAAGUUUAUUCUUGAUGAUGUAAUUGAAGCUCAACAAUUCAAUAGAAGUACACUUGAUGCUAUAUUUGAAGUGGGACGUGAAAUGGAAGAUGUUGAGAAAGGAUCACCUGAAAGCCAGAUGCUUAAGGGGUAUCUGAUGGCGACUCUUUUCUAUGAACCUUCUACGAGGACUAGGCUUUCAUUUGAGUCUGCCAUGAAACGUCUUGGUGGGGAAGUUCUGACAACAGAAAAUGCACGUGAGUUUUCAUCUGCAGCAAAAGGAGAAACACUUGAAGAUACAAUAAGAACGGUUGAAGGCUACUCUGAUAUAAUCGUCAUGAGACACUUUGAAAGUGGUGCUGCCAGAAGAGCAGCAGCCACAGCCAGCAUUCCCAUUAUUAAUGCAGGAGAUGGUCCUGGUCAACACCCAACUCAGGCUCUACUGGAUGUAUACACCAUCCAAAGAGAAAUAGGAAAACUUGAUGGGAUAAAAGUUGCUCUCGUUGGAGAUCUUGCUAAUGGAAGGACAGUUAGGUCACUGGCUUAUCUUCUCACCAAAUACCAGGAUGUGAAGAUUUACUUUGUCUCCCCCGAUGUGGUCAAAAUGAAGGAUGACAUAAAGGCAUAUCUUACAUCUGAAGGAGUUGACUGGGAAGAAAGUGCCGACUUAAUGGAUGUGGCUUCCAAGUGUGACGUUCUGUAUCAAACCCGUAUCCAACGAGAAAGAUUUGGGGAGCGAACUGAUUUAUAUGAAGAAGCCCGAGGGAUGUAUAUUGUGGAUCCAGGUGUUUUGAGGGCAAUACAGAGGCAUGCCAUUGUCAUGCAUCCUCUGCCAAGGCUUGAUGAGAUAACUGUAGAUGUAGAUGGAGAUGCAAGGGCUGCGUACUUUAGGCAAGCCAAGAAUGGGCUUUACAUCAGAAUGGCUCUUUUAAAGCUACUUCUUCUUGGCUGGUGACUUCACUAAUGUUAUUCUUAACAAAAUUUUGAAAAGCAUGCAUCAAUGCCUCAGCGUACACCUUUCUGUUUCUCUAUUAGAUGUAAGAUUUUGUCCCAGUGAAGCAUUCUUCUUGUUUUUGACUCGUUUCUCCACAGCGUCGUGAGUUAUGAAUCUUCUAAUAAAUCCAUACUCACGCUUGGUGGCUCACAAAGUGUUUCAUUUUUGGUGACCCCCAAUCACUCUAACUGUUACAAAUUCAAUUUAAUAUUUUCUUAAUAUACGUGCCAACUACCUUCUCUAAAACAUAGUACUGUGG